AUGAGUCGUGCAUUAUCGAACAGCUUUCAAUUACUGUCAAGCUCCACAUCCUUCAUCCGAGAAAUUUCCAGUCCUCAUUCGUCCACAACAAAGAUGGGUCUUCCAGCUCAAAUUUUACACGUCUAUUACAAAGGCCUCGCACUCUCAGUCCUCGACUCAGAUGAUAGAACCAGCCUAUACACAGUCAAAUGUCUUCCACUAGCCUUCCAGAUCCUUCCUUCCACGCCAAACAACGGCGUACCAAUCGCCUCAUCAUCCUUCUCUAUCCUCACCACGAACGUCAAGCUUCUCCUACAUAGUCGAUCAAUUCUUCUCUAUCGCGAGAAGAUGUUCACAAGAUCCUAUACCUACGUUUCCCCCGGCGCAUCUAACAACGAGUACGCAGACGAGAAAGUCUUGGAGCAGAAGAUGCAUUGGGAAGCUGAGGACAUCAUGUCUGGGGACUUUAAGCUGGUGGAUCAGAGGGGAGAGGUGUGUGCUUGGUUUCGCAAUAAAGUGUUCUCUACGACUGAAUUGGGACGAUUCGAGAUCAUGAGGGGUAUGGAAGGACGGGAAGUUGAGGUGUUGCUUACAGGGUUGGCCAUGCUGGCUAUGGUGCAGAGUGGAAAGUUUGGACUCAUGGUUAUUGGUGGCAGUUAA